CCAAACCCUUUUUAUAGGAGAGUCUUAUGUUCUGGCAGAAGACUUCACAAACUCUUUCUUAAUCUCUCUCUUUCGACCAAACCAAACCCCAAAGAAAAAAUCUUUAUUCUUUCGUUAAUCUCGUGAUCUUCUUUCUUCUUCUAUAUAUGGACAGAGGAUGGUCUGGUCUCACUCUUGAUUCAUCUUCUCUUGAUCUUUUAAACCCUAAUAAUCGUAUCAUCGCUCAUAAUAACAAUCACCGACGCUUCUCGAAUCCUUUGACGACGACUACUAUGUCAAGAAUUGGCGAUGGUGAUGAAGAUGGUGAUCAUAAUGAUCAGAAGACGAAAAUUUCAACCAACGGUAGUGAGUUUAGGUUUCCCGUGAGUCUUUCAGGUAUACGUGACCGUGAAGAUGAUGAUUUUUCUUCCGGAGCCGCCGGAGAUAACGACCGUGAAGUUCCCGGCGAAGUUGAUUUCUUUUCCGACAAGAAGUCUAGGGUUUGUCGUGAAGACGACGGUGGGUUUCGUGUUAAGAAAGAAGAACAAGAUGAUCGAACUGACGUAAAUACUGGUUUGAAUCUUCGAACAACGGGUAAUACAAAGAGUGAUGAGUCAAUGAUCGACGAUGGAGAAUCUUCUGAAAUGGAAGAUAAGCGUGCGAAAAUUGAGUUGGUUAAGUUACAAGAUGAGUUGAAGAGGAUGACAAUGGAUAAUCAAAAGCUAAGAGAAUUGCUUACACAAGUGAGCAACAGUUACACUUCACUUCAGAUGCAUCUUGUUUCACUAAUGCAACAGCAACAGGAACAACAACAGAGCAAUAAUAAGGUAAUAGAGGCUGCUGAGAAACCUGAGGAGACGAUAGUACCAAGGCAAUUUAUUGAUUUAGGCCCUAUGAGAGCAGCGGGCGACGCGGGGGAGGUUUCGAAUUCUUCAUCCGAUGAAAAAACUCGUUCGGGCGGUUCUUCUCCGGCCAACGAGGUGAGAGAUAGGAAGAGACUUGCGCGCGAAGAAACCCCCGAAACCGAGUCUAACAAAGUUCAGAAGGUGAAUAUUACUAACCAGUCGACAUUUGAUCAAUCCGCUGCUGAAGCUACGAUGAGGAAAGCCCGUGUAUCGGUUCGUGCCCGAUCAGAAGCUCCCAUGAUAAGCGAUGGAUGUCAAUGGAGGAAGUACGGUCAGAAGAUGGCUAAAGGGAAUCCUUGUCCACGGGCUUAUUACCGUUGCACGAUGGCCACGGGUUGUCCCGUUCGCAAACAAGUUCAACGUUGUGCGGAAGACAGAUCAAUUCUGAUAACCACUUACGAAGGAAACCACAACCAUCCUUUGCCCCCAGCCGCGGUGGCAAUGGCUUCCACCACCACGGCUGCGGCCAACAUGUUGCUAUCCGGGUCAAUGUCUAGUCACGAUGGGAUGAUGAACCCUACAAAUUUACUAGCUAGGGCUGUUCUUCCUUGCUCAACAAGCAUGGCCACAAUCUCAGCCUCGGCUCCGUUUCCCACCGUCACAUUAGACCUCACCCACUCUUCUCCACCACCUACUAAUGGUUCCAACCCUUCCACUUCCGCAGCCGCCACUAUCGACAACAACACGCAAAAUAACUCAUUGAUGCAACGUCCACAGCAACAACAACAACAACAGCAAAUGGGGAAUUUACCACCGGGGAUGCUACCUCAUGUGAUAGGACAAGCAUUGUAUAACCAAUCCAAGUUCUCAGGGCUUCAGUUCUCCGGUGGCUCUCCCUCGACGGCGGCGUAUUCUCAGUCACACGCGGUGGCUGAUACAAUAACGGCACUCACAGCUGACCCGAAUUUCACGGCAGCUCUUGCAGCCGUUAUAUCUUCUAUGAUCAAUGGUUCGAACCAUGGCGAAGGAAACAACAAAAACCAAUAGAAAAUAAAAAAAUACAAAUGUUUUUUUGGUGUCAUCAAUUUUUUUUUUCUUUUUACAAUUACAACUGGGUUAAUAGGAAACAGAGUUUUAAAUUUCAUUGAUUCAUAUUUGUUCUGUUUCGUAACCAAAAAUUCCAGUAAAUAUACAAAAAGAAAAAUAUAUAAUUUAAUUUUCGGAUA